CCCGCCCUCGCAGUUUCUGCGCGCCUCUCUGGCCGCUGGUCACAUGGUGAGGGUGGAGGUGAGGGGGCCUCUCUAGUCUCUGGCCUGUGUUCUAUGGUCAGGCCCGGAGCGUCCAGCUGCCCAGGACAGAGCUCGGGUGUAUGGCGGUGCUGCAGGAACCAGCUCCGGGACUCUGAUAACGGGCCACCCCUUGCAGCUCCCAGCCUGGCGUGAGUAGGGUCGACACUGAUCUGAGGAUGGCUGUCUCUCGAUAUGAGCCGGUGGCCGAAAUUGGCGUGGGCGCCUAUGGGACCGUGUACAAGGCCCGGGAUCCUCUCAGUGGCCACUUUGUGGCCCUCAAGAGCCUGCGUGUCCCCAGUGAAGCGACGCCGGGAGGGGGCCUUCCCAUCAGCACUGUUCGGGAGGUGGCUUUACUGAGGCGGCUGGAGGCUUUUGAGCACCCCAAUGUUGUCCGGCUGAUGGACGUCUGUGCCACCUCUCGAACUGACCGGGAGAUCAGGGUGACCCUAGUGUUUGAGCACGUGGAGCAGGACUUAAGGGCGUACCUGAACAAGGCACCCCCACCGGGCUUGCCAGUAGAGACCAUCAAGGAUCUGAUGCGGCAGUUUCUGAGAGGCCUGGACUUCCUCCACUCUAACUGCAUCAUUCACCGGGACCUGAAGCCAGAAAACAUCCUGGUGACAAACAGCGGGACUGUCAAGCUGGCUGACUUUGGCCUGGCCCGAAUCUACAGCUACCAGAUGGCGCUGACACCUGUGGUGGUGACACUCUGGUACCGUGCUCCUGAGGUUCUCCUGCAGUCCGCUUAUGCCACGCCUGUGGACCUGUGGAGCGUCGGCUGUAUCUUCGCAGAGAUGUUUCGGCGAAAGCCCCUCUUCUGUGGAAACUCUGAACCUGACCAGUUAAGCAAGAUUUUUGACCUGAUUGGACUGCCCCCAGAAGAGGACUGGCCCCGAGAGGUGUCCCUUCCCCGAAGUGCCUUUUCCCCGCAAGGACCCCGCCCAGUACAGUCAGUGGUGCCUGAGCUGGAGGAGUCCGGAGCACAACUGCUGCUGGAGAUGCUGACUUUCAGCCCACACAAGCGAAUCUCGGCCUGCAAAGCCCUACAGCACUCUUACCUCCGUAAGGAAGAGGACAACGACCCAGAGUGAGCAGCAGAGCCUGGCCGAGAAAGGAAGGGCCACCGCCCUGGAGAGCAGCGAGUACACCAGCUCUGCCUCCGGUUCUGGGCUGGGGCCUCCAGCUUCCCAGAGCCUACCGUGCUGCCUUCAUGACGUUCCGUCCUGAGCCUUACCCUCCUCCUGCCCCCCCUAUUUGUCUACACUAAGGGGUACGGCCCCAUCUUUUCCCCCUUUCCUACCUUGAUACUGGGAACCUUUUUUAUACAGGAAAACAAACAAGAAAAAAGAAAGCUCUUAUUUUUU